AUGUCAGCUGCCAAUGACACCACAUUCACACAUGCUGUGUUCCUUCUCACCGGGAUACCUGGGCAGGAAGACAUCUAUCUCUGGAUCGCUAUUCCCUUCUGUUUAAUUUACAUUAUUUCGAUAGUAGGAAAUUCAAUCAUUCUGUUCAUUAUAAAAGCAGAUCCAGGCCUCCAUGAGCCCAUGUACAUUUUCCUUUGCAUGCUGGCCAUCGCUGACCUUUGCUUAUCGAUAACCACCAUGCCGACGAUACUGGGCAUAUUUUUGUUUAACUCUAGAGAAAUAAGCCUCAAUGUCUGUUUUGCCCAGUUGUUCUUCAUCCACUCGCUUUCUUUCAUCGAAUCCUCUGUGCUCUUAUUGAUGGCCUUUGAUCGCUUUGUUGCAAUCUGUAACCCACUGAGAUAUUCUUCCAUCUUAACCUUGCCAAGAAUAGCCAAAAUGGGACUGGUGUUUUUGCUAAGAGGAUUGGCUAUCGUAGUGCCACUUCCUAUUCUCCUGAAACGGUACCGGUACUGUCGAACCAAUGAGCUCUCUCACUCCUACUGUCUGCACCAGGAGGUCAUGAAGUUGGCAUGUGCUGACAUCAUAGUGAACAGCGUCUAUGGCUUGUUUAUUACACUCUUAACUGUGGGGUUGGACUCAUUGCUCAUCUUUCUCUCUUAUGUAAUGAUUCUGAAAACAGCGCUAAGCGUUGCUUCCCGUGCGGAGUGCCUGAGGGCCCUAAACACCUGUGUCUCCCACCUCUGUGCCGUCGUGCUCUUCUACACACCAGAACUUGGCCUGUCUCUGAUGCACAGAUUCGGGAAAGACUCCUCUCACUUGCUUCAGUUACUUCUGGGCUACAUCUACCUGCUGGUCCCGCCCCUGAUGAACCCGAUCGUGUACAGCGUAAAAAGCAAACAUCUUCGUGCGAGGAUCAUCAGAGUGUUUGUCAAGUGA